GUCGUGAGAUUCGUGCUCUUCCCGUACGGAGCACUUCGUUCUGAGUAUAGUACGGUCGCGGGUUACGUAAAUUCGUAAAAAAAGAACAUAUCGAAAAAGAAAACGACAUAACGUUCAAAAGAAAAAGGAGAGGAUCGAGCGAAACGUGCGUAAAACGUCGAAAUGAGGAAGGCACCGUUCGAUAAAUAUAAUAACGAAAAGAAAAACGUUUUAAGCACGACAUACAAUUCGUACGGUUUCGUGUCUAAAAAUUCGAAGGAUGCUGAAUAUCGGUACAGCGUAAAUUAUAGUAAUACUCAAGAGAAAAAUUAUCUGCAACGAAGUAUUUCCGCGGAUAAUGUUGUAAUACGUUCCCGUGGCUUUAAACCCUCUGAUAGACACGACCCCGUGAAGAGGAAUUUCCUUGAGAAUCUAACUUCGAAGAUACUGCACGUCGAUAUGGAGAGCAAUAGCAGUACUCCAGUCAACUUGCAGAAACUGCUUACUCCGGCCUCAGACACGGAGGGGGUUAUGCAGUCGAAAAAUAGGAAAAUGUUCGCAUCUUCCUAUUUUUAUGCACCAACGCAUCCAACUGUCGAGGAUCAGGUGGAAUUAGCACGACGAAUUUCACAUUCAUUGAGCGACGUGAAAAACAUGAAGAGUAAGGGUCAGUCUAUGUACGUAAACAGGAAGAAACGAUCCGUGAAAUGGAUUCAUGAUGGUAACGGCUUAGAAGACGUAGAAGAGCCCUCCACCCCUUCCCAGAGGGAUAAAAUUCCCCUAAAAUGCAUGAUGAAUCCACAUGGAAAAGUAUUGGAUAUACACGGCAUUCAAGCUUUGGGCGAAGAAGUAAAUAUAGAACCAAUGCCAAAGAAUCCUGAGAAAUUCUUUAACAUCGUGCGUGAUCUAAACACUCAGAAAGGCCGCGGUGCUGAAAUAUUUGCGAAACGUAGGAAACGAUCCGAAAAAUGGGUUGUAGAUAAAGAUCAACCGCAAACACCCAGCACGCCAGGAAUGCAAAAAACGCCAGAAAUGAAUGGCAGCUCGAAAUUUUCAUCCGCAUCUCCGUUUUCGGUUUUUGCGCCAGAACCAUACGACGAGAAACCAUUUUAUAACCCGUUUACCGUGGAUUUGUCUUUGAACGACACGUAUUCACCCACGACAGACAGGAAUCACUAUCGAUGCAACGGUAAAGAAUGCAACCACUUAACCGAGGUGAAAAAGAUAUAUCUCCGUGAAGUGGCCGUUGGUACCGACAAUGAUUUUCCUAUUGACAAAUAUCGAUCGUCGACCGUCGAGAAAUCACGGCGAGCUACAUUGGAGCCUGAUAUCGAGCGAUAUAACAAUUACCACGCUAAAAGUAACAAUUAUGAAAAUGCUUCGAUGGCGUUAACUAACACUAACAGGCGCAACCACAACCAUAACAAGGCUUCGCUGAGCAGAUCUUAUUAUCCUAAUACACAGGGCGCUACUAACAAAGACAGUAAAAAUUACAUCAAAGAGCAACGCGUGACGGAAUGCGUGCAGAGCACGAUCAAUAACAGAGAGAAAAUUGUGAAUGGCCAACGGGAGACCGAUGUUAUUCGUGUCGAUAACGAAGGAAACGAGUACACGCCAGUGCCAGUUAAACAAUUGAUACAAGAAUUCGAAAAAACCUGCAGACCAGUUCUUCAGUAUAAACAGAUCAGUCCAAAGGUUAUACCGAUUGUGCAGCAAUGUUCCGUAGAUAACGACUUGGCGCGAUUCUUUGAAACGCAUAGUUCCGUCAAGUACAACGCUGAAGAGGACCACAGGAGACUAAGCGGUCAGCAAGCAUACGAGCAGUCUGUAAAACUUCAAGACCACCGUAACAACGGUUAUGUGUCCACCGACGACACAGAGUAUACGUCGGACGACAGCGAUUCCCAAACGAACGAUUACGGUAGCGAGGAAAUAAUUUACCGUGAGAAAUCCGAAUCGUCGAGCGUGAUGAACGGUGAUCAGGACUACUCAUCCAUGUACCAUGAGGAGUAUAACUCUAAUCGGCGCCGUUCAGUGACGUCCCAAGAGGUUGAGAAGUUCUGCAACAAUGGCGGCGACCCGAAAUACGUGAACACCGAGUCGGAAAUACCGGCCGAAGCAAAAUCGUUGUUACUCUCGAUGAUAGCUUCCCAAGAGAACAUUCUGGAAACGAUUAAACAUUUACGAAACACACCUGUUCUCGACAACUUGUUGCAAGGCGUUUCGCCGGAUUUUAAAUUCGAUGAAAUUUGCGCAGAUGACGGUAAGAAGCUUUACGAAAAUGAUACUUAUACAGGACCGAAGGUCGGCAAUGUCUGCAACCUGACAAACUAUAAUACCGCGCCACGUGGCUGGGAUCAGUCUUUGACAUUCUAUCGACCAAUAAAGUUUGAAAAACCACAAGAAGUUGUGUAUUCUGACUUUUAGACAUAGUGUAUUUAGUAAAUCGCCACACCUGGAAGAUAUGUACACCGC